AUGGUACCACGGGGGGAAAUCCGUUUGUACCGCGUGAUCCGUGGAGGCGAUCAGUCAAAUCAGCAGAAAACGAGAAAGACGUACUGGGAAAAGUACUGGGAGCUGAAAUGUGUUCGAGACAUUUCAAAGGCGGUAGGGAAUCGAAUCCUUCCUCUUUUCAGAUAGGAUUUUCCAUUCAUGUAAACUUUUCCAGAGAUCUACUGUUUUCAUCUUCUUCUGCUACAUGUUCAUGUUCUCUACGGCCGAGUACACCGGCACCAUGCAAUUGGUAUACUAAAAGGAACUACCGUAAUUCUUUCGUCUUCUUUUUUGCAGGGUUUUCGUUGCGUUGUUGCUCAAAUCAUCAUCACCAGUUUCACAGUUCUCAGUGCAAUGUGUCUGGAUCAUGGAGUUCAGCAACUCAAGCUUGCCUUCAUGAUUCCGUUCAUGUCAGUCGUGGUAAGAGGCAAAACAUGUUCCCAGAAGUAUUCUGACUUAUUUGUAACAUUUUUUCAGAUGGGCGCUCUUUCCUGCUACAUUUGCUUGUUUGCUGGCAUAAUUUUCACGUUUGCCAGUAUUCCAGCUUACGAUUACGUUCUCUUAGGUAAGGUCACGAGUAGAAAUGUUGUGUAAACCACCACUGACCAGCACCAACACCCACCUUAAGCCGAGCACCGUCUAAUUACAGCCUUCCACAUCUUUCUCUUCGUCGUUACGUCAAUUGUCACCUUUUCGCUGGCGAAAGCCACUGAUAUUUUGUGGCAAGCGUUUUUCACACUUGUGGAUUUGAGUGCCAGCGAGGGAGUGCUCGAGAAACUACGUAGCAACGCGCCGGUUGAGGAAAAGGACGAUGUGAAGAGGAAGAAGAAGAAGAACGGAGAGACGAGAUUCAUUCUGGCGGCGAGGAGAAUUCUUCGUUAA